UCUCCGCAGCUGUCAGAGGAGUUGUGAGUGUUAUGUACUGGCAUUUGCCGUUAGUAUGGCAUGGUGGCGCCAUCCCUCGUUGUGGGUAGACAACAAGGUGAUCACGUGCCUUACCUUGGCAGCACGGGAGGCACCCCUCACUGUCAGUGCACCAAGCCUUGAUAGAUGUAGCACGUUGAGUGGAACUCAUGUAACUGUCAUUGCUGUGUUAAUUAAACCUUGUCAUCACUUACUGCGCUCGUUCUUGCCAAGACAUAACAUGUGGCGACGAGGAUGGGAUCCCCGUGGUUGAAGAACCGUCGAGGUCGUCUCAGCAAGCGGUGGUGAGAAGAUAUCAACCGAACUGCGCGUCCGUGUGUUUUGGCGGGAACUUCGUCGCAUAUCAUGGCGACUCUUGGGCAUAUAGAGGAAUUCGACCCAUCGAGUCCGGAAAGAUGGGACGCCUACGAAUCCAGAUUAACAUUCUACCUUGAAGCAAACGGCAUUACCGACCCAGCGAGGAAACGUGCUGUUUUCCUGAGUGUUUGCGGCGCUGCAACGUUCGACUUAGUACAGUCAUUGCUUGCCCCGGCUACUCCCGAAACCAAGUCCUUCAGCCAGAUACUAGCCACGUUAAAGGAACAUUUUGCGCCACAGCCAUCGGAAAUUGUGUGCCGAAAUGCGUUUUACCGGCGGAACCAAGGUGCGGGUGAGUCAGUGGCGUUAUUCAUCGCGGAGUUACGUCGUCUGGCUCAAAAGUGCAACUUCCCAAACCUGGAAGAAAUGCUGCGCGAUCGCCUCGUUUGCGGACUUGUGGACGAGAACCUUCAGAACCGGCUAUUCGCCAAAAAGAAGCUCACUUUCAAAGUCGCCCAAGAAGAAGCAUUGGCAGCGGAGGCGGCGGCUCGAAGCACUCGCGAAGUGAGAACUGCGGAGGCGGCUGCAACUGCCGACAUAAAUGCCCUGCACAGACAGCAACAGGAGCGAGCAAACGGGCACCAAAGCUCAGCCAGAGAAACGGGAAAUCAAGGGAAGAAGACAAAGCCGUGCGACGGAUGCGGAGGAGCUCAUGCUCGGGAAUUCUGUCGAUUCCGGGACGCCCAGUGCCAUUAUUGCAAGAAGAUCGGCCACAUUGAACGCGUGUGUCGUUUGAAGCAACGGUCAUCGGCCAACGCAACAACUGACAAGCCAGUGGGUCGGAAGGAAAGCAGUACGAGUACAAAUGCCCUAAACUCUGACACAGCGUGCGAUGUUUACUAUACAAAUCAUCUGGGCCCUGUGCAUUCCACGCAUACGCAGAAGCACCGUACGUCUGUCCUCAUCGAAGGCAAGCCAUGUGAAAUGGAAGUUGACUCUGGGUCAGAGUUCUCCAUUGUCUCCGAACAAACGUUCCACAAGCUCAUCAAGGAUGGAACUAUGCAGUGUGAACCAUUCGAGUCCCAACUAACAGACUUCCAAGGGAACUCCGUCCAAGUCAAGGGAAUCUCUAGGGUCCAUGUGCAGUACGGUACUUUCGACGGUAAGCUGCGACUACUGGUGGCUCAAGGGCACCGUACAAGCCUCCUCGGCAUGGAAUGGUUUCAACCAUUGGGAAUCAGCCUCGUAGGGGUGCACCAGGUUGAAGAACUCUCUGUUGAAGAUGUCCUUACAAAGUUCAGCCAUGUUUUUGGAAAAGAACUUGGCAAAUUCAAUGGCCCUCCUGUGUCACUACACUUGGACUCGACCGUGACACCAGUGCGCAUGAGAUCACGACAGGUUCCUUUUGCUCUCAAACCAAAAAUUGAUGAGGAAAUCGACCGCCUGAUUGAGCAGGGUAUCUUGGAACCAAUUACCCACCCCAAGUGGGAGACACCAAUAGUUACGGCCAUGAAGCCGAAUGGUGAGAUAAGGAUAUGCGGUGACUAUAAGUGUACCAUCAACAAGGCAUUGUCCCACCAUCCCUAUCCAAUUCCUGUGGUUCGAGACCUUCUGGCUUCCCUCUCAGGAGGAAACGUAUUUGCAAAACUGGACUUGGCUCAGGCCUACCAGCAGCUAGUGGUGGACGAAGAAGCAGCAGAUGCACAGACAAUCACCACCCACCGCGGAGCCUUUCGUGUGAAGAGAUUGCAGUUCGGUGUCAAUGUUGCGCCGGGAAUAUUCCAGAAAUUCAUGGAUGACCUCCUGAAAGGAAUUCCUAGGGUUGUACCUUAUUUCGAUGAUGUGUUAAUUGCUGCAGGCUCAAAGGUUGAGCUGGCUGGCCGUCUCCAUGAAGUACUACAGCGCAUCGCAGAUGCAGGCCUCCGUUUGAAACGUGACAAAUGUCGUUUUGGUGUGACACAGGUGGACUUCCUGGGAUUUGUUAUUGACAAGGAUGGAGUGCAUCCAUCAAAAGAGAAGGUGAAAGCAAUUCAUGAGGCACCUGCACCCACGAACAGACAAGAGCUACAAGCCUUCCUUGGACUGUUAAACUUCUAUCACAUUUUCCUGAAAAACAAAGCAACAGUAGCUGAGCCAUUGCACAGACUUCUGGACAAGGAGGCGUUAUGGGAGUGGACACCUCUGCACGCAAAAGCUUUUGAGGAAUGCAAGCAGCUGAUAUCAUCUGAGAGUGUUCUUCACCACUACGACGAGAGCAAGCCCUUGGUGCUCACAUGUGAUGCAUCUCCGUGCGGUAUCGGGGCCGUGCUCAGCCAUCGCCUCGAAAAUUACCAGGAGGUUCCCAUUGCAUUCUACUCGCGCACACUGUCUUCUGCAGAGAGGAACUAUGCACAAAUUGACAAGGAGGCCCUCGCAAUAAUUGCAAGUGUAAAAAAGUUCCAUUACUAUGUGUACGGUCGGAGCUUUGAAAUUGUGACAGACCACAAACCACUCCUUGGUCUGUUCGCACCUGGCAAACAAACGCCGCAAAUAUUGUCACCGAGAAUGCUUCGCUGGUCUGUCCUCUUAAGUGCAUACAACUACGACCUCGUUCAUCAACCUGGGAGGAACAUUAGGCAUGCCGAUGCCUUAAGUCGCCUGCCGUUGGGCGUUCCAGAGUUCGUGGUGCCACCCCCUCUGGAAGUGUUGUUCCUCGAGGGCAUGCCUAAUCCACCACUCCACGCCGAGGACAUUGCACAGAUGACAGCUAGGGAUCCUAUUCUGUCAAGAGUCCUAAACUGGGCAUUAAAAGGGUGGCCAUCGGGGGACACGGAACCCGAUUUUCAAACUUUUAAAGUGCGGCAGCAUGAGCUUACUGUGCAUAAAGGGUGCAUCCUCUGGGGAAACAGGGUAGUAAUACCUGAGAAGGGUAGGAAUGCUGUGCUGGAUGCCCUACACACAGGCCACCCCGGCAUUGUAAGGAUGAAAGCCCUUGCUCGAAGCUACGUGUGGUGGCCAAAGAUGGAUGGGAACAUAGAAGAACGUGUUAACAUGUGUGUGACAUGCCAGGAAUCCCGGCCUGCACCGCCUCGGGCCCCCGUACAUGCAUGGGAAACAACCAGGUCACCAUGGUCAAGGCUCCAUGUGGACUUUGCUGGCCCUUUUCAGGGUCAGACAUUCCUCAUUGUGGUGGACUCUUUCUCUAAGUGGUUGGAGGUAGUUCCAGUGUCAAGCAUGACUACACGUAGUGUCAUAAACGCCCUACGGCAGCUCUUCGCAACUCAUGGGAUGCCGGACACAAUAGUCUCUGACAAUGGGGCGCAGUUUACUUCCGAGGAAUUCCGUACAUUCAUGAAGGCGGGACUGAUCCGGCAUGUAACGUCUGCACCAUUCCACCCAUCAUCUAACGGUCAGGCGGAGCGUAUGGUGCGUACGACAAAGGACUCCCUAAGGCGCAUCAUAGAAGGAGACUGGGGACAACGCCUGGCAAGCUUCUUGUUGCAGCAACACGUGACCCCAUGCACCACGACUGGCAGAAGCCCUGCAGAGUUGUUAAUGAACAGAAGGCUGAGGACAUUGCUUGACAGGCUGAACCCGGACCUAACUGAGCAAAAAAAGGAUAGUGACGACGAAAUCAACGAAAAGACCCAUCUUAAACUGCGCUCAUUUCAACCGCAAGACCUUGUGUUUGUACGUAACUACGGAAGAGGCCCAAAUUGGAUUCCAGCUACAGUGAUCGAGGCGACGGGGCCUGUUUCCUACAGAACCCGCACACAGGAUGGUGCAGUAUUGCGACGCCAUGUUGACCAAAUGCGGCGCAGGGGACUACUGAGGGAGACACCCGAGGGCACCAACCAAGAGGACACAGCAAGGCCUGUUGUUCCUGAUCAUAGUGAGGCAACGGAUACCAGCCAGGCAGAGCAAGCAGCAUCUAUCCUGCCAAAGCACAACCAGGUGAUGACGCGAGAAAGACCAGACAGGGUCAGAGCACCUCCUCAGCGUUGGAAGGACUUUGUGUAGGGAUUUUUUUUUUAGGGGGAAGGAGUGUUAUGUACUGGCAUUUGCCGUUAGUAUGGCAUGGUGGCGCCAUCCCUCGUUGUGGGUAGACAACAAGGUGAUCACGUGCCUUACCUUGGCAGCACGGGAGGCACCCCUCACUGUCAGUGCACCAAGCCUUGAUAGAUGUAGCACGUUGAGUGGAACUCAUGUAACUGUCAUUGCUGUGUUAAUUAAACCUUGUCAUCACUUACUGCGCUCGUUCUUGCCAA